AUGUCAAGUACUUCUACAACUGCUGCGACUACCGCCACAACACAAGGUAUACAUAACUUGGUACAAGGACAAUACCCGUAUCGUCAUAAGAAGCCAGAGUUCAAGGAUAAGUACGAUGAGCGUCGUUGGUGCUUGGAACACUUGGCUGGCGCAUUCAGAGUGUUUGGGAGAAAAGGUUAUGCUGAAGGGUCUGCUGGCCAUAUCUCUGUUCGGGACCCUGUUGAUCCAGAGACCUUUUGGAUCAACCCAUUAGGCACACAUUUUUCCCUGAUGAAAGUUUCUGAUUUGGUACAUGUUGAUAAGGAAGGUAGGGUCAUUGGUGGUAACUUGGCUGCUGUGAACGCUGCAGGAUUCAAGAUACACUCGGAAUUGCACAAAGCUAGGCCUGAUGUCAACGCUGCCUGUCAUACCCAUUCUGUUUGGGGGAAGGCGUAUUCCACCUUUGGCAAACCAUUGGAGAUGAUCAACCAAGAUGUGUGCAUCUUUUACAAAGCACAUUCAGUCUAUGAAAACUUUGGUGGUGUUGUGCUUGAAAAAGAAGAAGGCAUCAAUAUCGCAAAAGCAAUUGGUAACGGCAAAGGUGUAAUAUUACAAAACCAUGGUUUAUUAACUGUUGGUGAAACCAUUGAUGAAGCUGCUUACCUUUUCACGCUCAUGGAGAGAUGCUGUGAAGUACAAAUGCAGGUUGAUAAGAUUAACCCAAUGUUUGAAAAGAAAAUUAUCGAUGAUGAAGAAGCUGCAUAUACGUAUCACAUGACUUCAGAUCCAGAAACCCUAUAUACAGAGUUCCAACCUGAUUAUGAAUUGGAGUUGGAAUUGACCAACGGUGCAUUCUUAAAGUGA